UCGAACAACACCACAAUAUUUAGCUUCCAUUUACAAGAAUCUCCACUCCUCAAGAACAACCCCUAAAUUCAGGUUCAAUUUCCACUUCAAAAAAGUUUGAUAUCAGGAGCAAGAAUGGCAAUGGGGAAGAAUGUAGGGUUAGGGCUCGUAAAACGAACCAAUUCAUUUGGUAGAAAAAGGAUUCUGAUUUUGAACGAUAUCGAUUCGAUUGAUGUUUGUAAACCCACAAAAAAGCAGUUUUUAGAACUCAAUUCUGGUUUUUGUAGUCAAAGAUCAUUGCUUCAAGCUCUUCCUCAAGAAAUCUUGAUUAAGAUACUAUGUGGAGUAGAUCACGAAGAUUUAAAGAGGCUAUUUCACGUAUCGAAACCAAUAAGAGAAGCCGCUUUGAUCGCAAAGAAAUGGCAUUUCGAGUAUCGGACACCUAAAAAGAUCUCAGCGUUUAGGUGUUCGUUGAACUUGGACGAGUUUCCGUCGAGCGGUUUCGAAGAAAUCGAACCUCCAAAUGCACCAAAACAAUUAAGAGUAUGUCGUUCUCGUGUGACGAGAAAAAAUUCAUCGGCCAUUUGUGUGUCCUUAUUUGCCGAUAAAGUUCAAGAAAGACCAACAAACAACUUAUUAAUGGAAAUGGAAUCGUAAAAAACAGACAUUGGUGCAUCAAGAUUCUUCGGUUUAAAGAUUCCGGGCGCGUCAAGAUUCUUCGACUUAAAGAUUCCGGGUGUGUCGAGAUCCAUUAGAUGCCAAAAAGGCAUUGGUUCAGUAGUAUCUUGAUUAUCAGUAAAAACGAAUCUAGCAAAAUAUCAAAGAUUCAGAACCUCACCAGAGGUGAAAACUGUACAAAAUAUUUGUAGACAUGUAAAUAUUAUAUAUUUAGAGAAAGGUUUGUUGGUUCUA